AUGGUGCAGGAAAUGGAGAAGCGAAAUGGACGUAAGAGUGAAGAAAAAGAUAAACAGAAAUGGGUGCUUGAUGAUUGUGUUGAUUAUAAGGGCAGAGUUCCACUCCGUGCUGCCACUGGUGUACGGAAAGCUUCUCUUUUUGUCCUUGCCAUUUCAAUGAGUGAAAGGAUAAGCUAUUUUGGUUUAUCCGCUAAUCUCAUAAUGUACUUAACUAGAGUGAUACAUCAAGAUCUCAAAACAGCAACCAAUAAUGUAAACUACUGGAAAGGAGCAACAACAUUGUUGCCUCUAAUUGGUGGCUAUGUUGGUGAUGCCUACACCGGUAGAUUUCGUAUGGCCCUCUUUUGUUCCCUUUUAUACCUCAAGGGAUUAAUCAUGCUCACCAUGUCUCAGUUCGUCCCAAGUCUAAAACCAUUGAACAAUGAGAUAUCUGAUGAGAGAAGUAAGGUUCAUGAAGUGGUUUUCUACCUUGCUCUAUACAGUUUGGCCUUGGGUUCUGGGGGAUUCAGACCGUGUUCACAAAGCUUUGGAGCUGAUCAAUUUGAUGAUGACCACCUUCAAGAACGAAAGGAGAAGAUGUCUUUCUUCAACUGGUGGACCUUUACAUUCAGCUUUGCAUUGCUGCUGGGAACAACAGUCAUUGUUUAUGUUGAGGACUUUGUCAGCUGGGGAGUUGCUUGUCUCGCCCUCACAAUUUUUACGGCUCUAACUAUCAUUGCUUUUUAUAUGGGGAUGCCUUUCUACAGGUACAAAAUGACGCCAAAACAAAACCCUUUCUUGCCAAUUCUACAAGUCCUAAUUGCUGCCAUAAGGAAAAGGAAUCUCUCUUCUCCUUCAAAUCCUGCUUUAUUGUUUGAAGUACCAGACUCAGAGAAUUCCCAAGGAAGGCUUCUCAGUCAUACAAGCAGUCUCAGGUUUCUUGACAAGGCUGCAAUAGUGGAAGAGAAGUAUAGAGAUGAGAAAGAGAAUCCUUGGAGAUUAGCGACAGUGACAAGAGUGGAGGAGACAAAGCUUAUUCUGAAUGUUGUUCCCAUAUGGCUAACUUCAUUAUUAGUUGGAGUAUGUAUAGCAUAUGGGUCAACACUCUUUGUCAAACAAACAGCCGCUCUGAACUUAAAGAUAAGUAAUAGCUUCGAAAUCCCACCAGCAUCCAUGUUGUCCCUUGCAGGCUUUGGCACCAUGGCAUUUGUCCCAAUAUAUGAUAGAAUCAUAGUUCCAAUUCUAAGAAAAGUGACUGGUAAUGAAAGAGGCAUCAGCAUCCUUAGGAGGAUUGGCGUAGGCUUAACACUGUUAAUCAUACUCAUGGCUGUUGCGGCCAUGGUAGAAACAAAGAGACUAAGAAUGGUUGGAAAUGAAGUGGUAACAGAAGAAGGAACUAAGCCCGAGACUAUGAGUUUGAUGUGGAUGAUACCCCAAUUCAUUAUGCUUGGUAUUGGAAAUUCAUUUUGUCUAACUGGCUUGCAAGAGUAUUUCUAUGACCAAGUUCCUGACUCAAUGAGAAGCAUAGGAAUGGCUUUGUAUCUUAGUGGGAUUGGAGUAGGAUUCUUCUUGAGCAGCUUUCUUUUAAUAAUCGUCGACUAUGUCACGGGCAAGACUGGAAAAAGUUGGAUCGCAGAGGAUGUGAAUUCAAGCCGUCUAGAUAAACUUUAUUGGUUGGUGGUUGGAUUAAAUAUCCUAAAUUUUGAAGAAGAGAAAUGGGUGCAUGAUGCAUCUGUGGAUUAUAAGAACAGAAUUCCUCUGCGUGCUUCCACCGGUUCAUGGAAAGCUGCUCUUUUUGUACUCACAAUUGAAUUUAGUGAAAGAAUAUGCCACUUUGGGAUAUCCAGCAAUCUUAUCAUGUACUUGACCAAAGUGAUGCAUGAAGACCUAAAAACAGCGACCAAGAACGUAAACUACUGGGUAGGAGCAACAACUUUGAUGCCUCUAAUUGGGGGGUUUGUUGCUGAUACCUACACAGGUCGAUUUCAUAUGAUUAUCUUUUCUUCCCUCGUAUACCUCAAGGGAUUAAGCCUUCUGACUUUGUCUCAGUUCAUUCCAAGUCUAAAACCAUGCAACAAUGAGAUAUGUGAUCGAACAAGGAAAGCUCAUGAAGUGGUUUUCUUCCUUGCCCUUUACUGCGUCGCCUUGGGUACUGGAGGAUUCAAACCGUGCUUACAAAGCUUUGGUGCUGAUCAAUUUGAUGACGAUCACCUUGAAGAACGAAAGAAGAAGAUGUCUUUGUUCAACUGGUGGUGUUUUACACUGUGCUUUGCAAUGCUGUUUGGGGGAACAGUGGUUGUCUAUGUUCAGGACUUUGUUAGCUGGGGAGUUGCUUAUCUCAUUCUCACUAUUUCUAUGGCUUUCACUGUCAUUGUUUUCUAUAUGGGGAUGCCUUUUUAUAGGUACAGAAGAACAGAAGGAAACCCUUUAAUGCAAAUUCUUCGGGUCCUAAUUGCAGCCAUAAGGAAAAGGAAUUUGUUUUGUCCUCAAAAUCCUGCUUUAUUGCAUGAAAUCCCAAAGUCAGAGAACUCCCAAGGAAGACUUUUAAGCCAUACCAGCAGACUUAGGUUUCUUGACAAAGCUGCCAUAGUUGAAGAGAAGUAUACAGAGGAGAAAGACAAUCCAUGGAGAUUAGCAACAGUGACAAGAGUGGAGGAGACAAAGCUUAUUCUGAAUGUUGUUCCCAUAUGGCUAACUUCAUUAAUAAUUGGUGUAUGCAUAGCUCAGAGCCAGACACUGUUUGUCAAACAAGCAGCUGCUAUGAACUUAAAUAUAGGUCACAAUUUCAAAAUCCCACCAGCUUCCAUGGUGUCUGUUAACGCUAUUGGCACUAUAAUAUCUGUCCCAACAUAUGAUAAGAUUAUUGUUCCACUUCUAAGGAAACUCACAGGUAACGAAAGAGGCAUCAGCAUCCUUAGGAGGAUUGGAAUAGGCUUAACAUUGUUAGUCAUACUCAUGGUUGUUGCUGCCUUGGUAGAAACAAAGAGACUAAGAAUGGUUGGACAUGAAGUUGUGACAGAAGGAGGAACAAAGCGUGAGACUAUGAGUGAGUUGUGGUUGGUACCCCAAUACUUGAUCAUUGGAAUUGGAGGAGAAACACUUUCAUUAGUUGGUCUGCAAGAGUAUUUCUAUGACCAAGUUCCUGACUCAAUGAGAAGCUUGGGAAUAGCUUUAUAUCUGAGUGUACUAGGAGUAGGAUACUUCUUAAGCAGCUUUCUGAUAACAAUUGUGGACAAGGUAACGGGCAAGAAUGGCAAAAGUUGGAUUGCGAAGGAUAUAAAUUCAAGCCGUCUUGAUAUGUUUUAUUGGCUGCUGGCCAUCAUAAAUGCUCUAAAUUUGUGUCUCUUUAUAAUUUUGGCAAAAAGGUAUAUUUAUAAGACUGUGCAUAGGAAAACUGUGGAAAUUGAUGGUAACAGUGAUGGGGUGGAGAUAAUGGCGUGA